ACUUACCAAUAGUCGUAAAUUAACUUUCACUUCAAAACUAAAACUAAAACAACGGUGCAAGUUUUACGCUUUGAUUUAGAAAAAAUAUCUUGUGCAAUUUAGAGUAAUGUAAACGAAAUAAUUAUGGCCACAAAAUAUGAGCGCAUCAUCAGCGAUUGCAGAGCUAGAAAUCUGCUUUGGGAAGACGCUGAUUUUCCAGCCAUACAAUCAUCUGUAUUCUAUUAUCAAACGCCACCAUUCACCUUUCAAUGGAAACGCAUUGCAGAGCUAAGCCACAACAACAACAACAACAACAACAGCAGCAGCAGCAACAACAACAACAAUAGCAACAGUAGCAACAACAAUAACAAUGGCAUACAGUCGAACAUAUCACCAACAUUUCUGAAUGAGAAUGCUGAAUUUGAUGUCAUACCUGGCAAGAUGGGUGAUCGCUGGCUGGUCUCCUGCCUGGGCGUGCUCUACUCGCUGCGCAAUUUGUUUUAUCGCGUAGUGCCAGCUGAUCAGAGCCUGGAGAAAUCUAUGGGCAUAUAUCGCUUUCGUUUGUGGUGGUGCGGCGAGUGGGUGGAGGUGCUUGUGGAUGAUCGUUUGCCUACAAUAAAUGGACGUUUGGCUUUCAUGCAGCCGCAGGCAUCGAAUUGCUUCUGGGCGGCGCUGCUGGAGAAGGCCAUAGCCAAGCUGCAUGGCUCCUAUGAGGCACUCAAGUAUGGCACGCGCUCGGAUGGACUGACUGAUCUGCUGGGCGGCGUGGUCAAGUGUAUGCCCAUUGUAGCCGACAGCAUAAGGCCACAAACGCUUAGGGAUCAUCUGGCCAGCACUUGCAUAGUCACCUGCAUAGCAGUAAAGGCGGCGCCAGUGCAGAAGAAGAAUACCGUGGAGCGUUUAUCCAAUGGCAUACUAUUGAAUUUGAAUUACAGACUCUCCGGCUUGGAUAAGGUGGAAACGGUUAUGGGCGAUGCAGUGCAGCUGGUGCGCAUUAAGGACACGUUCUCCGCCAAGCCGUUUGGUGAGAAAACGAUGUUUAUGGGGGAUUGGUCGCCCACAUCGAAGACUUGGGAGCGUGUCUCUGCUGCUGAGCGUGCUCGUCUAUUGGCCCAGCUGGAAUUGGGUGAAUUUUGGAUAACAUUCUAUGAUUUUGUGCAGACAUUUACCACACUGGAGGUGGUCUACUUAGACUCGGAGACGGCAAAUGGUGAGCCUUUGCUUAAGGCGCGCGCAUUGCAUUGGAAAAUGAAAAUGUAUCAGGGACAUUGGAAGCGUGGCGUCACUGCAGGCGGUUGCCGCAAUCACGAAUCGUUUCACAUUAAUCCACAGCUGCUGGUCUCCAUACAGGACAAACAGGAUGUGGUUAUAGCGCUGAAUCAGCAUACGGCCGUUGAGCCUAAGGUCAUCGGCUUUACCAUGUACUUAUGGAAUCGAGAUUACAAUUUGAACGAAUGCCUGCAAAAGGAUUUCUUCAAGAAUCAUGUUAGCUUUCUCAACUCGGACUAUGGCAAUACUCGGCAUGUGAGCUAUCAGACGCAGCUGGAGGCAGGUCACUAUGUGCUCAUGCCCACCACCUAUGAGCCGGCGGAGGAGGCGCAGUUCACAGUGCGCAUACUGGGCACAGGCAAUUUUCGUCUGUCCUGCCUGGAGACGCAAACGAUGAUACUGCUCGAUCCGUUUCCCUCGCUCAAAAGCGAGGACAAUGUGCAGAAAAUUAAGAGCGUCUGCCAGUACGAGCCCGUCUACAUGCAGCUGGCGGAUGAGAACAAGACGAUCAAUUGCUUUGAGCUGCACGAACUGCUCGAGGCCUGUCUGCCCAAUGAUUAUAUCAAGGGCUGUGCCAACAUCGACAUUUGCCGCCAGGUCAUUGCGCUGCAGGACAAAAGCGGCAACGGUCGCAUCACGUUCCAGCAGUUCAAGACGUUUAUGGUGAACCUCAAGUCAUGGCAAGGUGUCUUCAAAAUGUACACGAAAGAGAAAGCGGGCAUUCUACGUGCCGAGCGCUUGCGUGACGCACUCUACGACAUUGGCUUCCAGCUGAGCACCGACAUCAUGAAUUGUCUCAUUCAGCGCUACAUACGCAAGGACGGGACACUACGGCUGAGCGACUUUGUAUCCGCCGUAAUGCAUCUGACUACGGCUUUCAAUCAGUUUCAUGCACGGAACUACAAUCAGGUGAAUGUCAUCGAGGUUCAUCUGCAUGACUGGAUCAAGAGCAUACUUAGCUGCUAGGCAACGAGAAAAACAAAACCACUUUGUUUUUAAUUAUUUAUUUAUUAAUUUUAUGCGACUUAAAACUUUUUUUUUAUUUCAAUCAUCCAACGCUAACUGUUGACAACUCAAAACAAACAAAAAAUCGCUUUGUAAAAUAAAAAAUUUGAUAAAUUAAUUGAGGAACAUGUGUAGAUGCAAAAGUUAUUCUUUUAGUUUAUUGUAUUUGUAGCGGCGCUGUAAAUGAAUCGUUCAUUGAAUUAAGCUUGUA